GUCCACCACCUCACACAGCACAGCACAACCACACUGAUUCAUACAGCUAGCGAGUGAGCUGAGCUUAGCCAACCACACGCCUCCUAGCUAGCUCGCCCCGGCUUUCUCUUCUUGAGCGCCGACCGACCACUCACUCGGGCCAUGAUGAGCGGCGGCAGGAUGAACCCGGCGGCGAGCGACGACUUCCCGUUCGCGGCAAUGCAGCCGCCGCCCUACGUCGGCUUCGACCACGCCGGCGGAGGAGGCCAGCGCCACCAGGGCGCGAUGAUGUACGACAACUUCGACUACGCGGCCACCUUCGGCCAGUUCCAGGACGCGCCGAACCACCAGAUGCUGGCGCUGCCGCCCAGCGGCGACGGCGCCGGCGGGCUGGUCCCCAUGGCUCCGCCACCCAUGCCCGGGAUGCAGCUGCAGAUGCCGCCUAUGCCCCACGGGAUGCAUGGCCACGGCGACGUGUACCCGGCUAUGGGGAUGGUGAAGCGCGAGGGAGGCGCCGGGGACGCGGGGAGAAUCGGGCUGAACCUCGGCCGGCGGACCUACUUCUCCCCCGGCGACAUGAUGGCGGUGGACCGGAUCCUGAUGCGGUCCCGUCUCGGCGGCGUGUUCGGGCUGGGAUUCGGCCGCGCCCACCACCAGGCGCCUCGGUGCCAGGUGGAGGACUGCAAGGUCGACCUCUCCGGCGCCAAGCACUACCACCGGCGCCACAAGGUGUGCGAGUACCACGCCAAGGCCGCCCUCGUCGCCGCCGCCGGCAAGCAGCAGCGCUUCUGCCAGCAAUGCAGCAGGUUCCACGUGCUCACGGAGUUCGACGAGGCCAAGAGGAGCUGCCGGAGGCGGCUCGCAGAGCACAACCGUCGCCGGAGGAAGCCUGCGGCCGGCACCACGGCGACGUCGUCGAAAGACUCCGCGCCGCCUUCCAAGAAACCCAACGCCGGCGCCAUCUCCGGUUCCUACACCGCCGACAACAACACUUUGAGCACGACGAAGUCGACCAUCUCCUCCAACACCAGCGCGAUCAGCUUCCUCCAGCAGGGCCAGGCCAGGGCGGUAGCAGCGACAAGGCCGACGACGCUCACCCUGGGCUCGUCGCCGGAGAGGGACGACCGCCAGCAGCAGCUCCACAACCAUCAGGAGCAGCAGCAUUUCAUCACCUCCCUCCUGCACAACAACAUCAAUAACAGCAACAUCCUGUCGUGUUCCUCGGUGAGCUCCAGCACGAUGCCAUCGGCGGCGACGGCAAACGGCGAGGUCUCCAACCAGAACAACGACAACGCCAACAACAACAUGCAUAUGUUUGAGGUGGACUUUAUGUAGAUGUUGAAUCUUGAGCAUUAGGCUUGACAUAAUUAUGAUCUAACCACAGUUAGAACACCACAUUAGAUUGUAAGCCGAAGUGUUUUGUUUUCACCGGUUACGGGGCGAGGUCGAGUGCUUUGGUGUAUUGGGGCUAAACAGCAACAAAACAUUAUACUAAUUGGCACCCUUAGUUUAUAGUGGACUUUGAGAUAGUUUCAGCUACCAA